ACUACUACUGCUUCUUACUACUUAUUAUUAAAGAAAGAGAAACAGAUAGAUAGAGAAAGAAAGAGAUAAUGGGGUCUUUGGCAAUGGUAGCUGAAAGUGAAGCAAAGAAGAAGGAAGGAGCAAUGUGGUUGUAUCCAAAGGUUUUGGGUUUCAAUCCUUCUCAAAGAUGGGGUCACUCUGCUUGCUUCUCCAAUUCCCUUAUGUAUAUCUUUGGGGGCUGUUGUGGGGGGCUGCAUUUCAGCGAUGUUGUGUGUUUAGACCUCGAGAAAAUGGCCUGGAGCAAGCUCACCACCACGGGCGAAAAGCCGGGACCUAGAGAUAGCCACAGUGCUGUUCUUGUUGGGAACAAGAUGAUUGUGUUUGGUGGCACAGAUGGCUUCAAGAAGGUAAAUGACACUCACAUCCUCGACCUUGUCACGAAAGAGUGGAUUCGGCCAAUGUGUCAUGGGACUCCUCCUUCGCCGAGGGAGAGUCACACUGCCACUCUUGUUGGUGACAAGAGGAUAGUUAUCUUUGGUGGUAGCGGUGCAGGCGAGGCAAACUACUUGAAUGAUUUGCACAUUCUAGACCUUAGAACAAUGAAAUGGAGUUCGCCUUUGUUGAAAGGCGAAUUCCCUGUCCCCAGGGACAGUCACACAACUCUUGCAAUAGGCAACAAGCUUGUUGUGUAUGGCGGAGAUUGCGGCGAUCACUAUCAUGGGGAUCUUAGUAUGCUUGAUAUGGAAACAAUGACUUGGUCAAAGUUGAAAAUUCAAGGUUCUUCACCAGGAGUAAGGGCUGGUCAUGCCGCCGUGAAUAUUGGUACCAAGGUGUACAUCAUUGGAGGAGUAGGAGAUAACCGUUAUUAUAACGACAUUUGGGUCUUUGAUAUCUGCACUUGUUUGUGGACUCAACUCGAUGCUGGUGGUCAACAGCCGCAAGGGCGGUUUUCUCAUACGGCCAUUGUCAUGGACAUGGACAUUGCCAUGUUUGGCGGCAGGUGUGGAGAAGACGAACGUCCUCUAAAUGAAUUGUUAGUAUUGCAGCUUGGAGGGGAGCAUCUGAUCGGAGGCCAUAACAUUUCGAUGUGCAAAGUUUUUGGAACUUAUUGGAAUCAAGAAAAGAGGACUAUUCCAGAAGCAGAUAACAACUUGAAUAUGCCACCAACAGAAGGACUAGGAAAAUGGGGUUGUGAACUAGUUUCGGAGAAAGCGCAGCCUUAUCAGUUUGAUUCAGGUAUUUUGCAACAGAAGAGAAGAAGAAUUGCGGCUGCGAAGGUGUGGGAUGUUGAUUCAGAGCAAGAAGAGCAUUCUCUUUCGCAUUCGCAGCAUUCUUCGCCAUCUCAGUCCGAUCAAGAACAGACCCCAGGUCAAAAGGUGAAUGCAUCCGUCAUGGAUUCGCAACGGUAUCAUUUGUUCAAACAUAUCAAUAGAAUUCCAAGCAAUGAAAAUGGCUUGAGUAAUAAGAAAUCUUUGAGUUUAAACAAUGUCACACAAAGAAGUCCACAACCACCAGAUCUUCAUCUCCUAGAUCAUCAACAGAAACAAGAAGCCGCAGAUCAGAAGCCGGUAGCGCGAGGACACGUUCAGCAUCUGAUUGGUGCUGAAGUUCGAGGGAAGGUCGACGGAGCCUUCGAUUCGGGGUUGCUCAUGACUGCAACCGUGAAUGGAAGAAUUUUCAGAGGAGUGUUGUUUGCACCUGGAGCAGGAACAAGCAGUGCUGAGCCAAAUUGUUCUUUACCAUGUUCAUUUCCUUCAACUCAUCAUCAAACAUUGAUGAACACAAACCAAGUAGAGAUUUUGAGGCAUUAUUCCAAGCAGGUAGCUAACAAUAAUAAUAAUAAUAAUGGUAGGCAAGAUCUAAUAGCUACUAGACCAUUUCCAAUAAUGAGAGGCACUAAUAAUGGAUCAUUAUCCAGAGACCAUAAUAAUAAUAAUAGUAAUAAAAUGAGGAGUGAUCUUCAAGGAUUGGCUUUGACACUUGGAGGGCCUGCUAGUAGUGGCAACAAUGCUUGAAAAUUAGUGAUUAGUGAUGAGGAGGGUAACUAAUAAGGUUCAUGUGAUGUAAAUUUUAGAAAUAAUUAUUAUUCCUUUGUACUUCUAUGGUUUAUUGAGUUUAUGUGAUCAACCAUUAUUUGUGUAGAUGUUUUGUUCACAUUUUUUAGUAAUGAGCAAGUCUUUUAAUUUCUUGCCACCA